GUAUCAUGAAAAAACACCAAAAUCUUUGAUAAAAAUGGAAUGAUCGAUGAGGUUCAGGACGAAUCUAUGAUAAUUAGUUAGAUUUCGUGAAUCAUUUACACAAAAUCAAGUAGCAGAUGAAUCAAUAACUGAUAGCGGCAUUCAAAAUAGGAAUAGAUGCUUGCAAUCGAUGGGCAACGCCAGUAAGGUAGUGCAGAUCUGGGAGUUUGCCAAAGAAAUUGGAGUUGUUGAUCAUGGAGCGGGUAGUAAUGGGAAGAGGAAGGCGGUUAGAGAUGUAGUUAUUCGGGAGAAAGUUGAGUUCUUAUCAAUACAGGAAUCGAAAUUAGAGGUGGUGGAUUUUCAAAUUUGCAGAGCUUUAUGGGGAGCGGAGAAUUUUGAAUGGGUUGCUCAACCCUCAAAAGGUAUGGCUGGUGGUUUGAUAUGUAUCUGGAAUGCUGAUCUACUAGUGAAAAAUAGAACUAUUGAAGGUGAUAAUUUUAUAGGGGUUUUUGGAUUCUGGGGGGCCUCUAGAACUCCUGUUUAUAUCAUCAAUAUUUAUUCCCCUUGUGACCUUUCCAGCAAAAGGGUUUUAUGGGUGUCUCUCAAAAAUCUCAUUAUUGAAACCGGUGGGAAUUGGUGUUUAAUGGGAGAUUUUAAUGCAGUAAGAAGUGAACAGGAAUGGAGGGGUGGGAUGAGCAGUAGAAGAGAAAUGCCAGAAUUUGAUGAUUUUAUAAAUGAAUGUGGCCUAGUAGACCUACCAUUAAUUGGUAGAAAAUUCACCUGGUAUCAGUCUAAUGGAGCAUCAAUGAGUAGGCUAGAUAGGUUUCUGCUAUCAGAAGAAUGGUGCCUUAAUUGGGAGAAUGUCAAACAAUGGGGCUUGAAUCGUUCAUUUUCUGAUCAUUGCCCAAUCAUAUUGAAAAAUCAAAUUAUGGAUUGGGGUCCUAAACCAUUCCGGUUCUUUGAUGCAUGGCUGGAGUUCCCUCAAUUUAAAGGUAUGGUUAGGGAUAUCUGGAUGUCAAUAGUAGUAAUUGGAUGGAAUGGGUUUUGUUUGAAGGAGAAAUUGAAGGAAAUUAAGAAGGUGCUGAAAGUGUGGAGCAAGAACAUGGUCUCAGAGAUUGACUUGGGUAUACAAAACUGCAUUGAUUCUAUUGUUGUCAUUGAUAAAAAAGGUGAGAAAGCAAGGAAGACAUGGAUUAGCGAAGGGGAUGCCAAUACUAAAUUUUUUCGCAGAUGUGUGAAAGGAAGAAGUAGAUUGAAUGAUAUUACAAGCAUCAGGGUGGGGAGUGAGCGACCAGAAGAAGUCAAUAAUAUGAAAGAAAGUGUGGCCAACUACUUUGAGACAUUGUUUAAAGAAGACACUUGGCACCGACCUGCCUUAGAUGGGAUCGAGUUCAAGAGGAUUUCAGAUGAGGAAAGGGUAAUGUUGGAAGCACCAUUUACUGUGGAGGAAGUUAGGCAAGCUGUGUGGAAUUGUGAGAGUUUGAAAGCCCCAGGUCCUGAUGGGUUCAACUUCAAAUUUGUAAAGGAGAUGUGGGAUACAAUCAAGAAUGACAUAAUGGGUUUUGUAACUGAGUUUCACAAGAAUGGUAAACUAGUUAGAGGGUUGAACAGCUCUUUCAUUGUACUAGUCCCUAAAGUUGCCAGCCCACAAAAAAUUGAAGAAUUCAGACCAAUCUUCCUAGUUGGUGUCAUGUACAAGCUGAUUGCGAAAUUGUUAGCGUGCAGGCUAUCUUCUGUUUUGAAUGGGAUUAUUGGGGAGACUCAAAUGGCGUUUGUUGGGGAAAGGCAACUAGUUGAUAGUGUGGUCAUUGCAAAUGAGACUAUUGAGGAAGCCCAGAGAAGAAAGAAGAAAAGGACAGCAGAAGUUUCAGUGUUACUCAAUGGCAGUGCUACUAGGCAGUUUAAGAUGCAGAGAGGACUUAGACAAGGUGACCCUCUCUCCCCCUUCUUAUUUUUGAUUGUUGCUGAAGGUCUUAAUGGCAUCAUUUCAUCAGCUGUUUCCUUGGGUUUGUUUAACGGGAUUGAAAUUGGUCAUCGAGGCAUGAAUGUAACCCAUCUUCAAUUUGCUGAUGAUUCAAUUGUGUUUGGGGAAGCUUCUGAUGAAAAUAUAUGGGCUGUAAAGAGUGUUAUGAGGAUUUUUGAGAUGGUAUCAGGGCUGAAGGUUAAUUUUGGUAAAAGUGUACUAAUGGGCAUCAAUGUGUCGGAAGAGUGGAUGUCAAGGUCGUCCAGUAUCUUGAAUUGUAAACAGGGGAAUCUUCCUUGUAAGUACCUGGGUGUGUCGAUUGGGGAAAAAUGUAGAAGUAUUGCCACAUGGAGACCUAUGAUUGAGUCUUUUAAGAAGAAACUUGCCAGCUGGAAAAAUAAAUUCAUCUCUCUUGGUGGAAGGAUCACGCUCCUAAAUUCCGUGCUGUCUAGCCUCCCCGUGUUCACGAUGUCUGUCUACUUGCUGCCUAAAGAUAAAACUAAAUGCAUUUCUCAAUUGGGACACUGGAACUAUGGAAGUUGGACCUGGACAUUAAAAUGGAGGAGACCCAUCUUUUCUUGGGAGGAAAACUCGAAGUCGGAGCUGUGGAGGCUGCUGCAAACCAUCCAACCAAUUAAGGGACAAAAGGACCGAUGGAAGUGGAGGCAUGAUAAAGGUGCUUAUUCAGCAAAAUCGGGAUAUCAAGCUCUUUCUAGCGACCAACAUGAAAGGAGGAACAGCUUGUAUAAAAGGGUGUGGUGCAGGCUUGUCCCCACAAAAGUAUGCGCCUUUGUGUGGAAAGCCAUACAAGAUAGAAUCCCCUCUAAGAUGAAUUUGUAUAGAAGAGGCAUUGUCCAAAAUCUCAACCUAGCUACUUGCACCUUAUGCAAUGGGUGUAUUGAAGAUACAAACCACCUCUUUCUCCAUUGUAACUUUGCAUACUCAGUGUGGUCUAAAUGUCUUCAAUGGUGGAGGAUCUCAUCGGUUAGAGCUGAGAAUUGCUAUGCUUCAUUUGAACAACAACCAGCCUCCUUUAAAAAUGCAAACAACAGAGCAGGGUGGGAUGCGGUGUGCUGUGCAAUAAUCUGGUCUUUAUGGAUUGCCAGAAAUGAGAGGACUUUCAGGAACCAAGAACAGGACAUCAAUAGGAUUUUUGAGCUGGUGCAGCUGCGGUCAUUCCAAUGGAUCAAAAACAGAUCACUAGGGUAUUCCUUUGAUUUAUGCAAUUGGAUGUUUGAACCUAUGGAAUGCUUGAAGGAUAAGAGACAUAUAAACUAUCAUUGAUGCAGGAAGAGGGCUCAUGGGGGGCUCUUGUCAACCUAAGGUAAUGACUUCAUUGAGCAAUUUUUGACUGUAGUGUUAUUUAAGCUGUAGUCAAGGCAUGCUCAAUAUCUUUGCAUGCCACUCGGGUUGAAAGCUGGGUAGCCUUUGAGGAUCUGAACAGCGAUUGAUGAAGUAAGGCUAAAGUGAACAGAAAUCCGUCACGGUUUAGUGUCGACACUUAAUUAUGGUGUUGACACCAUUUGUAAGUUUCCAAUCGGAAGGCCCUUCUUUUGUAAUAUUAUGCCUUCUAAUUGUCAUGUGUAUGGGUUUGGGGUACUCCUUGUACUCCGUUCAUUAAUAUAUAGUAUUUUUUGCU